AUGACGCGUGAGAGAGAAAAGGCAGUAUCAUCGCAGCUGUCGCAGUCGUUUCCGGCGUGUGCGGUGCCCCCUUCGAGAGAGGCCGGGCCGCAGCCGUCUGAUUUGCUGCCGAGAUCCGUGGCCAAGGCACCGCCUUACACGGCAAAGGCUGCGUCGAGCCCGUCCUCGGGUAGCGCAUCACCGGCGACGAAAUCCACCAGCAACGUCGAUCAGGCGAUCCGGUCAACAGCGACACUGAAUGUCCCGGUGGAGCUCGCGCAGCUGCAGCCGCAGCAGGCAGAGGAGGCGACCGCUUCACACCUUGCCCUACGCGAGGAGGUUUGGGUGGAAAACGAGGAGCUGCGGCGCCAGCUGGGUGUGCUUCUGCGAAUCCAAGAGGAGCUGGAGCGCCGCUACCAGCAGCGUGAGGCAGCGGUUGCACGUGUUGAGCAGCGCCAUGCAUCGGAGAAAAAGGUACUUGCACUGGAGAAGGAGCAGGCUCUCGCGCAGCUCAGCCGAGCGUACGAAGAACAGCUGCAGAUGCUGCGGAAUGCCGAGGUAUUGGCACAGUCGAAUGCUGAUACCUUGGCUGCGGAGGUGGUCACUCUGCGGAGGGAACUGUCGGAGGUCCAAGACGAGCGGCGGAAAUCAUUGGAGCAGCAGCUGGGGUGCCGGCGCCAGUCCGAUGAGGCGAUGGCCGCGCAGGCAAGAAUGCAGGCAGAGUGCGCGACUUUGCGAGCAGCAGCAGCUGACGUGAAACCUGAGCGUGCAGCCGAAGUGACUGCUCAGGUAGCGGAGCUGCAAAGGAAGCUGUGGAUCACCGAGGAGCGUGCCGCCGCCGCCGAGCUUGCGCUCCAAGCACUCUGCUCUCAGCUAACUGCCGCCGCGGAGACUACGCUAGCGGUUGCAGGCGCUGACGUACAGGUAGGACACACGCUUGACAGAGAUGUGACUGCAGACGCAAAGCUGGUGCACUGCUCGCCUACUUCAGAAUUGUUCAGCAACGACACCCAGGCGACGGCGGCACCGGUCCUUUUCGACGAGGCUGCGGUGCUGACUGCAGUGCUCUCAGCAAUGCAGGACAACGGUGUGAGCGCUGCUUUCUCCUCCUCGCAGCGGGCGUCCUCGCCGACGGGUGGAGAAGGCGUGGCUGAGCUGUCGCGCUCAGGCUCCAAUGGCACUUCGAUGAAGAUCGAAACUUUCGUUUCACAGCAACAGCUCACUGCACCGGUUUUGCCGCCAUCUGCUGACGCGUGCGGCGCUCCCAUACGGGCUGGUCUAUCGAAUGCCGGGCUCUUGCGCUGCCAGCAGCAUCGACAGCUGCUGCAGGUCGUGCUGGCACGCGUGUCGGAUGGGUACCAGCGAGUCGCACGAGAAGCCACCGCAGCUGCGCGUGCAGCCAAGGCGGAGCACGCUCUUUCCAAUGAAGUCAAGGAGCUGCGCGCAAGACUCGAGCAAUCUCAGCAGCUGCUGCUGUCGCACGAGCGCGGCCGACAAGACGAAGACUCACACACUCAUGGAAGGGCCGUUGCAGGAUGCCAGACGACACAAUCCAUCCUGCAGCGCCGCUCUUCUGUCGGCGUAGUCACGGAUGCGGUAGACGCGUUCAGCGUCAAGGCACCCAAAGCUGCCGCCGCUGCGGCAUUGCAGCAUCGGGGAGCAGUGGAGAAGGCCGCGUACGACGAGGCUCUCGCUGAGGCACAACGGCAACUCCGCCACGAGCGCAGCUAUAUUUGCCGGCUACAAAAGGAGGUUCAGUCCUUGCGCAGCUCCAGCUACACGACGACCGUACUCGAGGGCCUCACAAAUACAGUGCAGAACAUGCGUGUGGCUGUGUGCCGGCUGGUACGGGAUGCCGUCGCCGACGUGCAGCGGAUCAUCGAGCAGGAGCCGCAGCGGCUCCAGGCACCAGCGACCAACAUUCGUGGCUGCGCGAGCGAGAUGGUAUGGCGAGAUGACGCAGGGCAGGCCCUUCGCGGACGAUGGCGUGCCAUGCAUGAGGAUUGUAGGCAUCACCUGAACAACAGUUUGCCUGCUCGCGAGACGGACAAUGUGCACUGCGCGGCGACUGCACUGCCUUUUUCCUCCCCUCUGCUCGAUUUUGCUUUUGUGCGCGCUGUUCACAAGUCCAUCUUGCGCGCGGAGGCUCACGUUCAGCAGGUCAGCGCCACACUCCUGAGAGACUACCAGCGAGUUUUCUCCAACACACACGCCUUGUUGGGCACCCACAAACAGGACGAAGAUACAGCCUACAAGACCAGCGCCUCUCCUCGUUCCCAACAGAUGUCAUGCUCCGCGAGGGACGCUGUGCACAACUCAUUGAGCAGAGCUCAUGGGGCUUGCCGGGAGGCACCGUCGCAGCGGCAUGCUGAGAGAGGCGGCACUUCUUUUGGCGGUGAUUCGCCCUCACCGUCGUCAUCGAUUGCUUUUUCCGGGGCCACCAGAAAACGAACCGCACAACAGCAGAGAGUGUACGCGGAGAUGUGUGAUCUUCUCCAGCGAUCAGCGCCUUCCCACGACGGCAUGACAGUGUCCACAGUGUCACCCUCGCAUCACUCACCUGAUGGGUCUCAUUGGCUGUCGGGGGCUCGACCACCGCAGGCUCGCCCAUCAGGCAUGAACGCCUCUCCUACUUCUCAGCUGUCUCCCUACGUCGCUGCCUAUGUCACCGAGCCCGCCGAGCUCCGCCGAGCAGCUUCAUCUUGCAUGCCACUCGACUCCGCAGCAAAGUCGGUGACCCUCUCUUCGGAUGCGCGGCUAGGCUUUGCACACUUGGCAGACGCGACGCAGGAACUGCGCAAUGUGGAGCGGGUGCUGGACAAUAUCCGAGACGCAGAGGAGACGCGCGAGGCAAGGCGGCAGCAGUGUCUGCAGGGUUGGCAGGACGCCAUCGUGGAGGCGGUGGACGGCGUGAAGGAGCGAAUCGAAGACGCCUUGACACUUCUGCGGUGUCCCGGGGCGGGAGCGGAGGUUCUUCCGUGCGAUGCGAUGAGGCGUGCGAAAGAAACCCACGUUGCGUCCACACUGAAGGCCGCGUCUGCGGAUAUCUGCGCUGAUCCCGCAGGCGACGAACCAGAGCGAGCACGGCAGGGACAAAACGCGCAGCUAUCAGUCAGUCAUGGGAUGAACCCAGUCGUGCCACACCGCGGGCCAUCGCGUCUCUCCGAGGUGCUGUCCGGAACGAUGCGCUUAAAGGCGGACGGCGACACUCUUCUCUCCGCUUGA